GUCACGAGGGACCAGGAAGUUGCCGCUCGGGCCGUGCACUGAAAUCCGAGGCCACGCCCGCUUGAGCUGCUAUACCGCUCUUGUUUUCAGAAGCGACCUGCCCACAACAACAAUAACAACAAGCUGACGCUUCCUCUGCAGAAUUGGUCUGAUGGAGCAAAGGCACUCGGCGUGGCUCGGUGCAGAAAGGCAUCAAUGCGACCGGUGUGCAUACAGCACGGAUCAUCAUGGACAUUUUACACAGCAUCAGAGAACUCACACAGGAGAGAAACGCUUCAAGUGCAGUGUGUGUGGGAAGGUGUUUGCAGAGUCAUCUACUCUUGUAGCACACCAGAGAACACACACAGGAGAGAAACCCUUCAAGUGCAGUGUGUGUGGGAAGGUGUUUGCACAGGCAUCUACUCUAUUAAAUCACCAGAGAACACACACGGGAGAGAAACCCUUCAAGUGCAAUGUGUGUGGGAAGGCGUUUACACAUUCAUCUACUCUUGUAACACACCAGAGAACACACACGGGAGAGAAACCCUUCGAGUGCAGCGUGUGUGGGAAGACGUUUGCACUUUCAUCUACUCUUGUAAAACACCAGAGAACACACAUGGGAGAGAAACCCUUCAAGUGCAGUGUGUGUGGGAGGGCGUUUGCAUGUUCAGCUCAUCUUGUAGCACACCAGAGAACACACACGGGAGAGAAACCCUUCAAGUGCAGUGUGUGUGGGAGGGCAUUUGCAUUUUCAUCUGCUCUUGUAACACACCAGAGAACACACAUGGGAGAGAAACCCUUCAAGUGCAGUGUGUGUGGGAGGGCGUUUGCAUUUUCAUCUGCUCUUGUAACACACCAGAGAAGGCACACGGGAGAGAAACCCUUCAAGUGCGGUGUGUGUGAGAAGGCGUUUACACUUUCACGAAAUCUUCAAAGACACCAGAGAUCACACAAGCAUCAGAAGAUCCACAAGGAGUGGAGUCCGAAAUCAGCUUGUGAAAGUCAAAGUGCCUCAAUGAGCCCAUCCCUCAUCAAACAAGAACCGGAAGAAAAUCCCAGCUUGGACACUUUCAAAGAAAUCAAGGUGAAAUAUGAAGAGGUGAAGGUGGAAUGUGAAGAAGUGAUGGUGAAGAGUGAAGAAGUGAAGGUAAAAUUUGAAGAUGAAACUCCAAAAUGUGACCUUUGCAUCGAUGGAGGCAACGUGAAGCAGAAGGAGAAUUCUGACUGAGGCAGAGCGAGGCAACUCCCAGCAGUUUGUGGAAGUGGAGGUGUGGGUGGACUUCCUCCGAGACAAUACAAAGUCAAAUGGAGACCCGGUAGAUGUGUAAGCCAGUGACGAUGUCGCUCCAAUAGAUGCACCCUUGUCACAGGCCUUUAAUGACAAGAAUGUGAAGUUGAACACUCAGUUCCUAGGUUCAACCUGCAGGGUAAGAGCGGCCAGUCUUUGUGGACCUGUGUGUUGGGUAGAUCUCUAACCAGGAGCGAGAGCCAAUAAGCUCCCAAGCAUUCUCUAUGUUCUCAUAAUUGCAUUUAAAUGGUGUUUGCUUAAUUGCCUCGGCAAUUCGUAGUUUUGUAUCGUUUCUCGUCUCAAACACUCGAAGAGCAUCCCCAAGUAGCAGCUGCCCCUGUGUGGCACAAGGUGGUGGCCCUGCACCGGCCUGCAUGUGGACAAGAGCCUGUCAGUAGGGGGCGAUGGUUGAUGUGGCAUCUCAGUUGUGGAGUUUGUAGAUAAUGUUUAGAAUUUGCUCAAUUUUGACCCAGACACCAGCAUUCGUUUUGAAUGGCGCAAUAGUAUUAGUUAAAAUGAUUGUCAAUAAUUUAGAAUGAAUACUUGUCUGAUUGUGUGCGUACAUGUAACCUUUUGUCUAUGAGAGUCAAACAUUGAAUAAGUGAUGUUAGGACAAAGUGUGUGUUUUGCAAGUAAGCUGUACAGAUCACUCAGGUGAGACUCAUUGUUCUUGUGAUACAGGUCAAAGGGUACUUUUGUGUUUUCAGCAAGCGUCUGCCUCUGGAGCAACUCAUUGUCUUUGAAAUAGGGAGCACACUCGGAUCAUUUCAGUUACAAGGCAAACCACUCAAAAGUUACACGUAGAGGAGAUACAUUCUCUACAACACGAAUUAUAAUUUUGCAUUACGUGUUGACGUAGAUUUUGUCUAACUAGGACGAGAAAUACUCCUUACUGAUUAACGUCUGGAUGUUCACAACCAUCGGUUGAAACAAGCCCGGCUGCUGUUGAGACGCUGUGCACCAAUAAGGGUCCACAGGUGGCUUGCACUGAAUCAUUGACGCACUCCCAGAAGGCUGUGCUAGUUAUAGUUUGUGUAAAACAUUCAUUUGUUUCGUGGAGAGAUCGAUAAAUGAAAGAUGUCGUGUCUGCUGAUCUGCUUCAUAGCAAGGAGGUAAUUCUAAGAGCACAUUUGGAAUGCAUUUUUGGUACAGAUUUGUAUUUGGUUACAAGGCAGAGCACAUCUAGUAGAUACAUUCUCCACAACAACACUCAUUAGAAAUUUGCAUGACGUCUUAUAUGUUGGCGAACUAGGACAAGAAAUGGUCCUUGCUGAUUAACGUCUGGAUGUUCACAACCAUGGGGUGAAGCAAGCCUGACCGCCUGCAGCCCCCUCACAACCAUUUACGGCCUUGGGCCAGGAAAGUCACGAAAAAAUUGCACACGAACGACGCGUUCACGCAAGCACCCGAUGCUCCGUUUUGAAGUUUGAAAAUGCAACAACUUUGAAUUGUAUUAUGUUUUAAAUUGUGUUUCUUCAAUAAAA